UACGUGGACAGCAAGAUAUCGAAGGCAGGAUGGAGUGUUGGUCUAAAUCUGGUAAAGCCCUAUUUAUGCUUCAAUUCUUGCCCUGCCGCUCAUCUCGUGGACGUCUAGUCCUCCUGAGCAGACCAACAACCGGGGAAGUUGAUAAGGAUACCAGAUACUCCAGGAUCAUCCGGCGCCGCAUGGUCACAAAAUCAUGCAAUGGCUUAUUCAAGCGCGGGAGAGAAGCACACUCAUCUCCUGGAAGUCUAGGCAGUUCAACAUCUGGGGAAGUCGAUGAGGGAUCAGCCGGUGGCUCAUGGUUGCAGCAUGAUGCAAUGGCCGAUUGGAUAUCCAACGUCGCUCCGAGGGUGCAUCAUGCGAAACGCCAGAGAGAAGCACACAUCUGGAAGGUCGUGUUGUGUUGGAAGAGAUCCUGAUGAAGUACUGAUUUGCCAUGCAGGAACCGUGUGUGAUAUUGUGGGGAAAGUUACUGAUACUGGGAGCCGAUACUGCAGGAUCGACCAGUGACCAUGGUCACAUCAUGCAAGGGCUGAUUCGACCUUCAGGGUGAUACUGAGGGUGCCUCAUUCGGAAAAUGCGGGCGAAACACAGUAUAGAAGAGAUGGUGGAGUUGGAAUUCACAGUGCAGUAAUCGAUAGCUACAGCUUAAGCUACAGCUCAAGAAAUCGCAGUCUGAAGCGUAACGCGACAUAGCUUCCAAC